AUGGAUCGAUUUAAUGCUCAAAAUACCCAGGAUGAAAAUUUCUCUUUUCUUGAAUAUUCUGGUGGCGAUACUCAGGCGUCUCAAUAUGAUUAUAAUGAGUUUUCCCUUGACUCAACUUUAAAUUCGCAACAAACUCUUGACGGCUCUCAGUCGCAGUUUAUUGAGCCUGAUUUAACAGGUGUCGACGAAAUUGACCCAUUUCAAGAUUUAACAAUUGUUGAAAGAGAAUUACCAGAACAUGCUUGCAGCAAGUGGUUUUGUAAUUCUCGAGGAAAUACAUCUGGUUCUCAUAUAAUUAACCAUCUUGUUCGAGCCAAACAUAAAGAAGUUGCUUUGCACCCUGACUCGACUCUUGGUGAAACUACACUUGAAUGUUAUAAUUGUGGGUGUAGAAAUGUUUUUUUGCUUGGUUUUAUUCCUGCAAAAAGUGAUACUGUCGUCGUAUUAUUAUGUCGACAACCAUGUGCCGCAAUGCCAAGUAGCAAGGAUAUGAAUUGGGAUACUUCCCAAUGGCUUCCUCUUAUAGAUGAUCGAUGUUUCCUUCCAUGGCUUGUUAAAGUCCCUAGUGAACAAGAACAACUUCGUGCUCGGCAGAUCACAGCGCAUCAGAUCAACAAACUCGAGGAAUUGUGGAAAGAUAACGCGGAAGCAACACUUGAAGAUUUGGAAAAACCCGGUAUUGACGACGAACCUCAACCUGUCUUAUUAAGAUAUGAAGAUGCUUAUCAAUAUCAGAAUAUUUUCGGACCUUUGGUUAAAAUGGAGGCUGAUUAUGACAAAAAGUUAAAAGAAUCUCAAACUCAGGAUGAUAUUGUUGUUCGUUGGGAUAUCGGUUUAAAUCAAAAACGUAUAGCAUGGUUCUAUUUACCAAAGUUAGAAUCUGGAGAGGUUCGUUUAGCUGUUGGAGAUGAGUUAAGACUGAGAUAUAGGGGUGAAUUGCAUCAAUCAUGGGAAUGCGUUGGUCAUGUCAUCAAAAUUCCAAAUAACGUUAGUGAUGAAGUUGGUUUGGAAUUACGACGAAAUGAUAAUACACCGGUAGAAUGUACGCAUAAUUUCUCCGUGGAUUUUGUGUGGAAAUCAACUAGCUUUGACAGAAUGCAAGCAGCAAUGAAAACAUUUGCAGUUGACGAGACUUCAGUGAGUGGAUAUAUAUAUCAUAAGCUUCUAGGUCAUGAAGUGGAACCACAAGUUUUGAGAACUCAAAUGCCAAAGAGAUUUUCCGCUCCAAACUUGCCAGAGCUGAACCAUUCACAAGUAUAUGCUGUGAAAAGCGUUCUGCAAAAGCCACUUAGCCUUAUUCAAGGUCCACCUGGAACCGGAAAAACUGUCACGUCGGCUACUAUCGUUUACCACCUUGCCAAGAUGAAUCCUGGUCAAGUGUUGGUUUGUGCACCGUCAAAUGUCGCUGUCGAUCAAUUGACGGAAAAAAUACAUGCAACCGGACUUAAAGUAGUUCGUCUUACUGCAAAAUCACGUGAGGCGUUAGAUUCGCCAGUGUCGUUUCUUACUUUGCAUGAACAAGUACAUAAUAACGAUACAAAUGUUGAAUUACAAAAAUUAAUUCAAUUAAAGACUGAACAAGGUGAAUUAAGUAGUUCUGAUGAGAAAAAAUAUAAAGUUUUGAAACGUGCCUGCGAGAGAGAGAUUUUACAGAAUGCUGAUGUUAUACUUUGCACAUGUGUUGGUGCCGGAGAUCCGCGCCUAUCCAAGUUCAAGUUUCGUACCGUGUUGAUUGAUGAAGCCACGCAAGCAACUGAACCAGAAUGUAUGAUACCACUUGUUCUCGGUUGCAAGCAAGCUGUCCUUGUAGGCGAUCACCAACAGCUUGGCCCUGUCAUAAUGAACAAAAAGGCCGCUAGAGCUGGUUUAUGCCAAUCACUUUUCGAGCGGCUUGUCAUUUUAGGCAUCCGGCCUAUUCGUUUACAAGUUCAAUAUCGUAUGCAUCCUUGUUUAUCUGAAUUUCCAAGCAAUAUGUUCUAUGAGGGAUCCUUGCAAAACGGUGUCACGACCCAAGAACGUUUGCGUAAACACGUUGAUUUUCCAUGGCCAGCACCGGAGACUCCAAUGUUCUUUCACUCGAAUUUGGGUCAAGAAGAAAUUUCUAGCAGCGGAACAUCUUAUUUGAAUCGAACGGAGGCUUCAAAUUGUGAAAAAGUGGUUACCAAAUUUUUAAAAUCAGGAAUAUUGCCAACUCAAAUUGGAAUUAUUACUCCUUAUGAAGGACAACGUAGUUACGUUGUUAGUUAUAUGCAAUUUAAUGGUUCUUUGCGCAAAGAUUUAUACAAAGAGAUCGAAGUAGCUAGUGUUGAUGCAUUUCAAGGACGUGAGAAAGAUUAUAUAAUUUUGAGCUGUGUUAGAAGUAAUGAACAUCAAGGAAUUGGUUUCUUAAACGAUCCUCGAAGGUUGAACGUGGCUUUAACUAGAGCACGUUAUGGUGUUGUGAUUUUGGGAAAUCCAAAGGUCUUAAGCAAGCAUCCUUUAUGGCAUCAUCUUCUUAUUCACUACAAGGAAAAGGAUUGUUUAGUAGAGGGACCUUUAAAUAAUUUGAAAGUUAGUAUGAUACAAUUUAGUCGACCUCGUAGAGCUUAUCGAAAGGACGAUAAGUUUCGACAAGGAUUGGCUCAUCAGAUUGAUGCACGUGAGGCUUUUGCAAAGCCACCUCUUGCUAGUGAAAAUCGCCGCGGUACUAGGUCGUACGAUUCCGAUUUUAUUAGAACACACGACCCAGUUGGUUAUAUUCCAUCAGACAUGAGUUCAAUUCCAUCAUCAUCUCAAUUUAGUAUCCCGUUGCUUCCUACUCCAAAUGGGCCUUUUACUCAAGAUUUAUCUCAAAGCAGUAUUUCUAGCAGAAAGAACACUAAACAACAGCAAACCUCUUCAUAUAAUGGUUAUUCACACUCGCUCUCAUCUCAAGGCCCUCUUACUCAGAAUGCUUAUAGCAGUCAAGGAUCAAUGAGUCUUGCAUUAUCACAAUCUGACCGCCUCCGGAUGAUGGAGAAUUCGAAUUCCUCUUUGGGUCAUGGCUCCAUCAUGUCUCAGGAUAGCUCGAUUGGAUAUUUAGACGAUUACAAGAGUCAAGGAGAUGAUACUAUUUUGAGUCAAGAUUUUGAAAUUCGAUCUCAAUCUGGAUAUCAGUCUCAAAGCUUUACACAAUAUUGA